AUGUCGCUCGGCCAAGUGUUGCAUUUGCUGCUUGCUGCGGUUUUGCUGCUGCAGCGCGUCCAGUCUGCCAACUUUGACAUUAUACUCGAUGAGCGCGGCUUGCUCUCGGAUUGCAGUCCAGAGGACGAUGCUGGCAAUUUGCGCAUGCAUGAGUUUCUCGACAUCAGUCGCUUGAGCACUGAAUUCGAUGAGGACUUGGAGACCAUGUACUUCAAUGGCGAUGUUAUAGUUCGACGCGACUUGGCAGCGCUCCAGGAGCCGGUUAAAUUGCAGUUGGCUGUUUAUCGCCGGCAGCGCAGUGCCUGGCAGCCCACCUUAGUGUCGAUUAAACGUGAUGAUUUUUGCAAAUCUAUGCACAAUCCCUUCGAGUUUUGGUACAUCUACAUUGCGACGCGUCUGACUGCGGCUGAGCGCGAAUGUCCACCGAAGUUGGGGCAUGUCUAUCAACUGCGCAACAUUUCGAAUCGCAUGUAUAUUGGGAAUAUACCCGACUUUGAUAUAGACGGUGACCUCAAGUGUGUGGUACACUUUACCCAAGGUCCUUACAAGACCUGCAUGAGUAUCUAUCUAACGGUUUAUAAGCACUGAACGCCCAUGAGUAAUGCUUCUUCUAUGUGAGCUUUGUAUUUAACCCACUUCUAUCUAAAUGAAAUGCAAAUAAAUAAAUUUUUUAAGUGUCUGCG